UGCAUGUUGUCAGUCAAGUAGAGGGACAUUUGCACGCUGAUCAGCUUCUGAAACAGCGUUCACUCAAAGAUGUGUAAGGCGCUAAUUUACACUGGAAAAACCUGAAGUUUCUGUUUUACCAAUCUAAGCUGACAUUUUGUUUUUGUGUUGCUAUCCAGCUCCGAUGAGCAAAUAGCGUACAUUCCGUGGGAAAUUGGCCAAGGCACGGUGGAUGUACUGUGACGUAGGUACCAGCGUACGAUGCGUGUCCGGGCAUGUAAAUGUAUUAUAAUUGACCCACAUCUGAAGGGUCAAUAUCCCUGCUCAAGACGAUUACCUACGUCAUUUGAUUGUCGCACAUGCGCUGUGAGAAGAAAACGAGCCUGCAUAAACAAAUCGUUGGUGAGUUGAGGGCUUUCUGUUUUACAGCUUUACGAUUGGAACUUUGCAGCAUUUUCCCCAUUUGGCUGCAUCAAACUGUGCAGAAAUGUUUUUGAUAUUCUGUGUUUGUUCGUGGUAAUCUGUGUUGAUUUAGAGGGAAAUCCCGCAGGGAAGGGCACUCUCAUCUGUCAGCCUGUGAUACGACCGAAGAGGCUAGGUCAAACUUCGGGCUUCCCUAGUUCUAUUUUUAGAUCGUACGGCCCUUAAAUAGGCAAGCUACACGUUCAGGUCGAAUUCCCAACAGAUCUCACAUUGGGUCGAUUGGAUACAUCAUACAUAUGUGAGUGUGUUUUGGCCUUCAUAUAAAUAUAUACAAUCUUAGCACCAGCUUACCACUUUAUGCAAGGAGUGGGCCUAUAUGACACACCUGUAGCUGGCAUUCCGCUGAGUGUAUAGGCCUGUAAUGCAGCUCCUGUUAAGCACCGUGGAUCCAUGUCAGCAUGUCGCUGUGAUGGAACUGGUUCAACAGCACGGAAUCGGGAGAGCCGUCUUAAUCGUGAUGGCGGAAUAUUGGAAUGAAAUGGACCGGGAAGCGGCUAAGAAUGAUUUUAACGCCAAAAAAAUUGACUCCCCGUUUUAUCGUCUGCUUCAUGAGGAGUUUGGCAUAAAAGUUCAUUUUCAACAGGCUGACUCUCAUCGGGCCUUUUUACGCAAGGCCUUCGAUAGACUUCGAAGUUUUGUUCCUUCGGUGACAGAAGAACAGAUUCUUGUUCACGACUUGAGUAAAUAUUCUUUUGAACAAGCGGUGGGCUACACGGCAAAGUGGGUGCACGAUGUGGAAUGGAACAACAGCGCGUGGCAGACUGCGUUGCGUCAUCAUUACGCAACUGAACCGCAUCACCCCGAGCACUACACAACCACGUGCGAAAUGCCAGACAGCUAUUUACAAGAAAGCAUUUUGGAUAUGGUGGCAUCUCGCUGGGAAAGGCAACUGGGUGGGAGUGAUGACGUGACAAAUUAUGAACUUGUUAACUUCGAUCCCAAAUUCCUUUCAAGAUACAGUGAGGGUGAUUUUGUGAGAGUUGAAGCAAUCAUCAAGCGUAUUCAACAGUGUGACUAGCUAUGGUACCGUAACAUCAGAUUUAUCGCCCUCUAUCUAUUCGGGGCACUCCCAUAUGGAUUGUGUUGUAGUACAUAUACUAAAUACUAAACCUUACCAGACAAGCCGCGCAGAGUUCCAUUUAUCGGCUUGUUAACGAAAUGAUCAUUUUUACUGAAAGGGAGAUUUAUCUUGUGUAUGCUACUAAGUCAUGCUGUUCAAAAUGCCUAAUGGUACAAAGUUGUAAUUGCCACAGUGAUCAACAAGACGCAAGAUUCCAGAUUAUGAUAAAAUACAUGACUUGUAAGCCGUAUUUGUUGAAUAGCUGGAUUUCUGGAUUGGUAUAACUUAAUAAGAAAACAUAAUGUUUUAUGUAAAAAAUGACUUUCGAUGUUUAUUUUGUCUCGUCUAUUGUUUUUUUUUUCAUAUAGGCUGAGACUUCGUCUAAAUUAGGCCUAUAUAUGUAAACGUUACAUAUUAUGGAUUUG